GAUGCAGAACCAAAUUUCUUCUACUGUCUUUGUUCUCUUCUUCUUUCUUCUUCUUGUUACAAAGUGGUCAAGCGUUGAUGCUCAGACUUGCAAGCCCAGUGGCCACAUAAGGGGUAAAAAGGCUUCUUCAGGACAGUGUAACGAAGAGAAUGACUGUGUGUGUUGUGUGAAAGGCAAGCCUUACACAACUUACAAGUGUUCACCACCAGUCUCUAGCCGUACAAAGGCCACGCUAACUAUCAACAGCUUUGAGAAAGGUGGGGAUGGAGGCGCACCAUCAGAAAGUGACAACAAAUACCACUCGGAUGACACCCCUGUGGUGGCGCUCUCAACGGGAUGGUUCAACCAUAAGCAGAGAUGUUUAAAGUAUAUUACAAUCCAUGGCAAUGGAAAAAGUGUUAAGGCGAAAGUGGUUGAUGAGUGUGAUUCCACUAUGGGAUGUGAUGCUGCCCAUGAUUACCAGCUUCCAUAUCCUAACAAUAUUGUUGAUACCUCUCAAGCUGUGUGGAAGGCCUUGGGAGUGCCAAAAAAUAGCUGA